AUCUGACGGGUGAGCGUUGUGGACGUUUUGCGUUGUCGCUACAUCGAGGGCCACCGCUGUAAAACAGAGCGGGACACACAGAUAGCCUCCAUGAGGGGCUGUCUCCUGCAAGAAAAAAAAACAAACAGUUUAACAAACGAGGUGUAACCAGGAAGACUACCCAGAGGUUUGGAGGUUUGCAUGCGGUGAAAUUUCUUCUGAAAUGUAACCAGCAGCGUGAGUGUGGGUUGUUGUAAUCGCUUGGUCGCUGCAUGGCUCUUCACAGGGAUGCCAUGAAAAUCAGAAGAGCCGACUGAGAGACCGCUGCUCCUCGCUAUCACAGACACGGCGGUGGCGGCGGCGGAGGUGGUGAACGAUGGAUACUGGUGAAAAGAUCCACGUUAGGUAGCGUUUACGAAGAUCCGAGGAGAGCUGAACGUCUCUGUUGCACAGUUUAGUCGCCGCCAGAGCUGUCUGAAGGAUGGAUUUCACCCAGCUCCGGAACAUCAUCAGCAGAUACUGUGUAGGGGAGGAGAUCUGGGUGGACAGUCGGACUGUGUACAUCGGGCAUAAAGAUCCUCCUCCGGGAGCUGAGGCCAACAUCCCUCAGCGUUACCCCGACAACCGCAUUGUCUCCUCCAAGUAUACCUUCUGGAACUUCAUUCCCAAGAAUUUGUUUGAGCAGUUCAGAAGAAUCGCUAACUUCUACUUCUUGGUCAUAUUUCUGGUCCAGCUUAUCAUCGACACCCCCACCAGCCCAGUCACCAGCGGCCUGCCCCUCUUCUUUGUUAUCACUGUCACUGCAAUAAAACAGGGCUAUGAGGACUGGCUCAGACACAAGGCUGACUGCUCUAUAAACGAGUGUCCGGUUGACGUGGUGCAGCAGGGGAAGGUGGUGAGGACACAAAGUCACAAGCUACGGGUGGGGGACAUUGUCGUGGUGAGGGAGGACGAGACUUUCCCCUGUGACCUCAUCCUGCUCUCUUCCAGCCGCCAUGAUGGGACCUGCUAUGUCACCACAGCCAGUCUGGACGGGGAGUCCAGUCACAAGACCUAUUAUGCUGUACAAGAUACCAUGGCCUUUAGAACGGAGCAGGAGGUGGAUUCGCUACAUGCCACUAUUGAAUGUGAACAACCACAGCCUGACCUCUACAAAUUUGUGGGACGCAUCAAUAUUUACAAGGACAAGGAAGAGCCUUUGGCUAGACCACUUGGGGCUGAGAAUUUGCUCCUUAGAGGAGCCACACUGAAGAACACACAACAUAUUUAUGCUGUUGCAGUCUACACUGGUAUGGAGACUAAGAUGGCGCUUAAUUACCAGUCUAAAUCUCAGAAGCGCUCUGCUGUAGAAAAGUCGAUGAAUGCCUUUCUUAUAGUGUAUCUGUGCAUCUUGAUCAGUAAAGCGGUGAUCAACACUGUUCUGAAAUACGCUUGGCAGUGGUCUCCAGACAGAGACGAGCCCUGGUACAACCACAGGACCGAGAACGAGCGCCAGCGCCACAUGGUGAUCCGAGCAUUCACAGACUUCUUGGCCUUCAUGGUCUUGUUCAAUUACAUCAUUCCAGUGUCUAUGUACGUGACGGUGGAGAUGCAGAAAUUCCUGGGCUCCUAUUUCAUCACCUGGGAUGAGGAAAUGUUUGAUGAAGAGCUGGGAGAGGGUGCUCAGGUCAACACCUCUGACCUAAAUGAAGAGCUGGGACAGGUGGAGUAUGUGUUUACUGAUAAGACAGGCACUCUCACUGAGAACAACAUGGAGUUUAUUGAAUGCUGCGUUGAUGGGAAUGUCUACAUCCCGCAUGCCAUCUGCAACGGCCAAAUCCUCAGUGCUGCCUCCAGUAUAGACAUGAUUGACUCCUCACCUGGAGGAUACAGGAGAGAACACGAGGAUCUGUUUUUCCGGGCGCUGUGUCUGUGUCACACGGUGCAGGUGAAGGAGGAGGAGACGGUGGAUGGCAUCAAGAGGGGCAUCCACCAGGGCAGGCCCACCUCCUUCUACAUCUCCUCCUCACCGGAUGAGGUUGCUUUGGUGGAGGGAAUGAAAAGGCUGGGUUACACCUAUCUGAGACUGAAAGACAACUACAUGGAGAUCCUCAACAAAGACGAUGAGAUUGAAAGGUUUGAGCUGCUCCAUGUACUAAACUUUGACUCUGUCAGGAGGAGAAUGAGCGUCAUAGUCAAGUCAAGCUCAGGCGAAUACCUGCUGUUUUGUAAGGGGGCAGACUCGUCCAUUUUUCCUCGGAUAGUAUCUGGGAAGGUGGAGCAGGUUAAAGCCCGGGUGGAACAGAAUGCUAUAGAGGGGCUGCGUACUCUGUGCGUUGCUUAUCGAAGGCUGUCAGAGUCCGAAUACCAGGAGGCGUGUCAUCACCUGAAUGAAGCCAAGCUGGCCCUGCAGGACAGGGAGCAGAGGCUGGCGCAGGCCUAUGACAUCAUUGAGAGGGACUUUGUGCUUUUGGGUGCUACGGCAGUGGAGGACAGGCUCCAGGAGAAAGCUGCAGACACCAUUGAGUCACUGCACAAGGCUGGGAUGAAAGUCUGGGUCCUGACAGGGGACAAGAUGGAGACGGCAGCGGCUACCUGCUAUGCCAGCAAGCUGUUCCGUCGCAGCACCCAAAUCCUGGAGCUGACCAAGAAACGCACAGAAGAGCAGAGUCUGCAUGAUGUUCUGUUUGAACUGAACAGGACGGUUCUCAGACAACGCUCUAUUUCUGGGUUGUCAGUAGACUGCCUCGACUUUGGCCUGAUCAUCGACGGGGCCACUCUGUCAGCGGUACUAAAGGCCAACCAGGAGCGUGCCGGUUCAGGCAAUUACAGAGAGAUCUUUCUUGAGAUCUGUCGCAACUGUAGCGCUGUGCUCUGCUGUCGCAUGGCACCACUGCAGAAAGCACAGAUUGUGAAGCUAAUUAAAGCUUCUAAAGAGCACCCCAUAACCCUCGCUAUCGGCGAUGGGGCCAACGAUGUCAGCAUGAUCUUGGAAGCGCAUGUGGGCAUUGGCAUCAUGGGUAAAGAGGGCCGACAGGCAGCGAGGAACAGUGAUUAUGCCAUCCCGAAGUUUAAACACCUGAAGAAGAUGCUACUCGUUCAUGGCCACUACUAUUACAUCCGAAUUGCUGAACUUGUUCAGUACUUCUUCUACAAGAAUGUAUGCUUCAUCUUCCCUCAGUUCCUGUACCAGUUCUUCUGCGGGUUCUCCCAGCAGCCUCUGUACGACACUGCCUAUUUGACGUUGUACAACAUCAGCUUCACCUCGCUCCCCAUCCUCCUCUACAGCCUGGUUGAGCAGCACAUCACCAUGGAGACGCUCAAGAGGGACCCCUCCUUGUACAGGGACAUAGCGAAGAACUCCCUCCUCCGCUGGCCUGUCUUCCUGUAUUGGACGUGCCUGGGUGUGUUUGAUGCUGUUAUCUUCUUCUUUGGUGCCUACUUCCUAUUUGACAACACCACCUUCACCAGCAAUGGCCAGCUUAUGACCACCAACACACAGAUGAUGUUUGGGAACUGGACCUUUGGGACUCUCGUCUUUACUGUGCUGGUGUUCACCGUUACGCUCAAGCUUGCCUUGGACACACACCACUGGACCUGGAUCAAUCACUUUGUCAUCUGGGGGUCACUUCUUUUCUAUGUUAUUUUCUCUCUUCUCUGGGGAGGCAUCAUUUGGCCCUUCCUGAACUACCAGAGGAUGUACUACGUGUUCAUGCAGAUGCUGUCUAGUGGUCCGGCCUGGCUCAGCAUCAUCCUGCUCAUAACGGUCAGCUUGCUGCCAGAUGUCAUCAAGAAGGUCCUCUGCAGGACCAUGUGUCCUACAGCCACCGAACGUGCACAGGAUCAUGAGAAGCUGUCGUGGGAUGGUGUGGCCAAGUUGACUCCACUGUCCUCUCGUCGAUCCCUCAAAGACACAAGCACGGACUCCUCUCAACUCCACCUCUGCGCUGUGGAGAUGCUGUCGCUCCGCAGGUCUGAUCCCUUUCCCCAGAAACUACUGGUCCACUUGGCAGAAGGUGGAGGGGCAGACUUGUGCUCUCUUAGCCCCUAUGUGCUCCGUCUCUCAGGGGCGGGAUUUGCCUACUACGCUCCAGGGCCGGAGACCUCCGUGUGAACACAAACGCAGAGUCUGAAACUAUUGUGUGUGUGGAUCUCGUGGGCUGAAACAAAAAGUACAUCCAAAGAUGUGCGACCAAGAUUCUGCGUCUCAAGGAUGAAGGAUUUAUAGAGCAAAAUAUGAACAAACAUGUUCACACACAUCAACCACAUGCUGAGUUCACCAUGUGCAUUUUCUGGGCUACACCUGAGUGAACAAUCUUUUAGAUAGAUAUUACAGCCCUGACGCCUCAUCUUCAUACUUUGGUAACAUCUUUUUGAUUCAGUGUCCUCCCAGUCUCAGUCUCAUCAAAGUUCCUACCCAAACUCUUACUUGAAAAAGUCUAAGAACAAAAGGGGAACCAUGUGUGAAGUUGUUUAAUGCACUAUGGAACUGUCCUGUUUCAACAUGUCAACAGUCGGGCCUUUUUGUAUUCCUUAUGUCCUCAUUUCCAGUCACUUUCUUGCCUGUUCCUCCACUUUCUUGUCCUUUUUUUGCUUCUUUGUUGAAAACAUUUAUGUACAGUAUGUGGUCUGGCCAAGUAAGGGGCAGCUCUCGAGCUCAGCCCUUUAGGUGUGCGUGUGUGUGCAUGUGCGCGAGUGUAUGCAUGAAUUUGCCUGUUACUGUUUAUAUGUGACACACCUUUGCCUUACAGGUAGCCACACAGCAGCAGGCUAGGAGCCAAAGGAGAAAAGUGUAAUAAAAAAGAAAAAGAAAAAAAGGCAGAAGUGGUGUAUUACAAAGCCUUACACACACACACACACACACACACACACUCAGCUGAAGGAGAGAAACGGGAAAUCUGAAGAGGGAUGUGCAGUAUUCUAGCCACCCUGCCUUAAUUCAUAGAUACUGAUACCUAAUUAUAUUUCUAGGUCAGUUUAAACAUGUUUGUAGGUGGACAGGGAGGUUCAGAGGGCAUAGAUGUCUGGUACAGUGUGUCUAUUAUUCCUCUUCCUCUUCUUUUACUCUCACGAUUGUGUCAACUUUUGUUUUUCUUAUCUGCCAGUGUAGCAUGUCGGAUCUCUGCUGCAUGCUGAUCUGCUCUUGUCUCAGUUCUUCCUUAUCCUUCCUUCGUCCCAGACAUCAUUCAUCAUGAACCAUAUCUCAACACCUUUUCUUUCAUUCCAACAAUAAGCAUACUGUAUCCACUCCUGCCUCCAUGUGGCCAUGAAGGGUAACAGCAGAAGCUGCAGCAGCAGGCCGAGACUCAUGGAGUCUUCAUUUAUGGAUGUCCUAAUUGACAUGCUACUCCUCACUGUUGCAUUGUGCUUGUGUGUUUGCUGCCAUGCUCUGUGUUAUGCAAAAGUUAAUAUAAUGCUAAUGUCAUAUGUUGCAUUAUAAGGUUUUUUUCUCUGUCUUGCAUUUAUCCAUGAGUUUUUCUGUAUUCUAAAAUUAUUGAUGGCGGUCACUGUUAAUGUAUGGAUGUAACUUAAACUUUUGAUAUAUAUUGUAGUGAGAAGGAGUGUUAUAUUAGUCUGAUGUAAGUGGGAGGGAGACUUGAAUCGGCGAUGUCACAAUCAAAUCAAUAGAAUGUUGAGCUGAUUUGUCCAUCAUGUUCUACAGCUGAAGAUUGAAGCUCAUUAUGGAUGAACCUCUUUUCUGCAUUUCUAACAUCCGAAGUCCUCUUAGUCCAAAGCAUAUCUGUCUGGUUGCACAGCAAGUAACUGACUGGGGAAGUCUUGAAUGUCAGAUUCCGAAGCUUUUUUGUAUGUUUAUACAGUUUAUUUUCAUACACAUCACCAUCUGCCAACAUGUAUAGAUUUAAUAACAGGUGUUCAGUAUUUUUUUACUGGGGCACAGAUGAUUUAUCAAUUUGGUUGAAGGUCUGUUUUUUUCUCUUUCAUUUUUCACUCAAAGCCUGCAAGCCUCCACAAGUGUUUGGACUUCCUGACCUCAGUAGAUUAAAUGAAGGGCCUUGGUGCUUGUUAUGCAGUGUCCCACCUCGCUGUGCUGUUGCCAUACUGUAUCCAGACAUAUUGUACAUGUCACAUACCAAUUCUACCACAAUAAUGCUAUAAGGUCUAUUUUACUUUAAUAAUGUAAUGGGGAAUUCUUUGGAGUCAUUCUUCAAACACGGUUUGUUAUCUAAGUCCUCCACAGCUCGGUUGUUCUUACUACUUGUCAUUUUUGUGUUGUCCAUUGUGAAUAUUUCUUUUGCUACUUUUGUAUCCCAGAGAGAAGACUAUAUUUUAAAUCUGUUAGAAUGUGUGUUCAAGUUUGUAACCAAAAUUAGAGCAACAUAUACAUUAUAUGAUUCAUUAGAGAUUCACCAAUAGGUCUACACACUGCACUUUGUUCUACAACAGAUCAGUUUUCCCCUAAAACAAGGUCUAUUGUCUGUCGACUGAGGUUUAUAAGUGUUCACUCUUCCUCACAAGUUAUUUUUCUAAGAAGAAUGUAGUGGGUGAGGGGGAAAAAAAGUGACCAAAUAACUUGACUAGGAACGGACUGUCUGUAGCCUCUGUCUCAAAUGGGUUUAUCGCACCAGCCUUCUACUGCUGAUCAGAAUGUCAAACUGCUUUUUCUAAGUCCAUCAGCAGAACAGCAGGUGCUGAUCCUGUCACUCCUGAGCUUGGCAAAGGUCUGAAAUGUCGACUUCUGUGCUCUGAGCAGCACGCAUCAUAUCAUACCUUCAGUGCAGCACUGUUUGUAUUACUAAACAGGUUUUGAGAAUUUACUCUUUUUUUAAUAAAGAUUUCUCUAAAGAAGUUCACUUAUUGACUUUUUUGCCAGUAUGUAGCAAAAUGAGGGCGAAGCACUGUAUUGUCAUUUUGCUUGAAAUAAAGAAAGAGUGAAAACACUUG